UUAAGUUUAAGGCUUUGGGGAGAGCGCUUUUUUGUAGAGCGCUUCUGCGAGGCUGUAGUGCAAGAAUGGGCUUGAUAGGGCUGCGCCCAGCGAAAACAGCUUCGUAUCGCUGCUGUGAAGCACUGUGAAGCACGAUUAGCGCGCGCGCGGGCGUCGAGCUAGGCUUGCUAGUGUCUUACGGGACGCUAGCGCGGUUACGAGGGGCACACACGUAGUAGCGCGACGAAGGCCUGCUUGCAGGUGCUGAGUGCUUGAAAUUAGUCCUCGUACAACUGCGAAACGCGAACCGCUGCGGCAACCACUGGUGACGUGCAAAAGUCCACUGCUUGCCUCAGAGAGGACUUCACCACCACCACACGCAGCACCAGGAAUGCGAGCCAUAAUGUUACUACUACUGGGAAGGCGCGCAGUCCGCUGCGGCGCCUACGCCCUGCGACGGCGAUCAACAAAAGCGCCUCGCAUCCGCGCGACGGCCGCCGACGAGGUCGACCUGCCCUACCGCGGCGUAUUGGCAGACCUGCGCUUGCCGGACAGUUUGAAGGAUGAAGACGCCUUCGACGCGUGGGCCGAGGAACGCGAGCGGCGGUGGACGCGGGACGGCGCACUCAGCGGCUGGCUGACGCUGCCGCCCGAGAAGGCAGCUCUAGCGACGCACGCCUGGCGCCGCGGCUUCAAGCUGCACCAUUGUGCCGGCGACGACUUGGUCCUGUACAAGUGGCUCGCCGAGGGCGAGGACAAAGUGCCGCCGUGGGGAAACACGCAGAUCGGCUGCGCCGGCUUCGUCGUGAACGACAAAGGUGAGUUAUUAGUUGUAAGAGAAUGGCAGCCGCCGAAGGAGGGCCAGACGACGCGGGAACCGUCCCAGAACUGGAAGCUGCCGGGAGGGCUGGCCGACGCGGGCGAGUCGUUCUUCGAGUGUGCCGCUAGGGAGACCUUCGAGGAGACCGGUAUUCAAUGUAGAGGUGUCUCUUUACUAGGCAUGUGGCACCGGCACGACUUGGUACCUUGGGGCAAGUCCGACCUGUACUGCGUCGUUAGGUUGGAGCCGGUCGAUCCGGCGCAACAAAUAAAGGCGGACCCCGCGGAGAUCUCAGCCUGCCGCUGGUACGACCGCGACGCUUUUUUGAGAGACGAGGGGCACCCUCUCAUUUCAAAAGUGCUGCGCGAGUGCUACGGCGCUUCUGACAGUAUCGGCGCAUCAUCAAAGCCUUUGUCGGAAUGCGUGGACCUGGGCGUGCAGUGGCCCGGGCGGCCGCGCUACGCCACCUACUUCCCGCGGGCGGCGCCGCCCCGGAUGCCGUCUGUGGUUCGGGCGAUCGCGUCCGACGUGGAUGGCACGCUCCUGGACUCAUCAUCAAAAUGCCACCCCGCCGCCGCGGCGGCGGUCGCGGACGCCUGCGCCCACGACCACGUGCGCUUCUUCAUCGCUACCGGAAAAUGUCGCGCGGGCGCGCUCGCGGCGCUGCCGCGCGAGGUGUCUGAUUCUCUAGAAGGCGGCGUGUUCGUGAAUGGACUGGUUGCCUACGACGCCCACGGCGAGAUCGUGCACGAGCGCCGGUUAAAUGGAGCCGUCAUUGAGCAAUGCGCGUCCUUCGGCGCCGAGCACGGCUUCGCGCCGGUGGCCUACGACCGCGACCGGCUCUACACUUCCAUGAUUACGCCGCGGACGGAGGAGCUGGCCGACCGGUACUACGAGCCGCGGCCCGUCGUCGGUUCACUUGAUAGGGACGCGCGCGCGAACAAGAUUUUGUUGCUGGGCGACGCCGACGCGCUGGCGGCGGCGCGGCCGGCCCUCGCGGAGCUGCUCGGCACCGAAGCCAGUCUGACGGUGGCGAUCCCGACGAUGCUGGAAGUGCUGCCCCCGGGCGCGUCGAAGCGCGAGGGCGUCCGCGCGUUCUGCGACCACCACGGCAUCGACGAGAGCUCGGAGCUCGCGGCCGUCGGCGACGGCGAGAACGACGCCGAGAUGCUGCGGGCGGCGGCGCUCGGCGUGGCCGUCGCGAACGCGGGCGCCGCGGCGAUGGGCGCCGCGGAUAUUGUGGUCGCGUCGAACGACGCGGGCGGGGCGGCGCAGGCCAUACGGAUGGCGCUGGCGCUCGCACCACCGGUGAGGUAACUUUUUAAGUCUAGCCUGUUGUCUUCUUUGUCCG